AUGGCCGCUCGCGAAGCCGAGACAAAGCAAGAAGCCACGCAGGCCACCUCAGACCACAUCGACAGCACUCUUCCCGUCGGCGAAAAGGACUUCGUGUCUGAGAAAGACGUCAAUGGCGAUGAUCUGGAGAUGUCCGAGGAAGAGUACGCCGCCGUCGAGAAGAGUCUUACGAGGAAGCUUGACUUCACGUUGGUACCGGUUGUUUGGAUUCUCUAUCUCUUCAACUACCUCGACAGAAACAACAUUGCUCAAGCACGACUAAGCACCUUUGAGAAGGAUUUUGGACUCACUGGCAACCAGUUCAACGUUGCUGUGUCCAUCUUGAAUAUCGGUUAUAUGCUUAUGCAACUUCCAAGUAACAUGCUCCUUACUCGAACCCGACCGUCUCUCUACAUUCCCGCAUGGACAGCUCUCUGGUCUGUUGUUUCCGCUGCUACAGCAGGAGCCGAGAACUAUACACACCUUCUCGGUGCCAUGUACCUUCUGAGUUGUUGGUAUCCUCGAAAGGAGGUUGCAUUCCGCACUGCGAUUCUAUACUCGGGCGUUCUACUGGCAACUGCAUUCUCCGGACUCAUCGCAGCUGGCGUUCUCUCAGGUCUCGAGGGAGCUCGGGGUAUCGCUGGAUGGCAAUGGCUCUUCAUUAUCGAGGGUACAGGCAGUUUCGCCGCGGCCAUCCUCGGGGCUUUGCUUCUCCCGGAUUUCCCGGGCCAGAAGUCGGGCGUUGCGAAGUGGUUGCUCACCGAGAAGGAGCAGAAGGUUGCGGUUGAGCGUAUCCGUAGGGACAGAGUCUCGCUGCCGGAAGCGGACUCUAGUGUGUGGAACGGACUCAAGCUCGCUGUCAAAGAUGCUCGAACAUGGGUUUUCGUGGUCAUGCUCACGGCCAAUCACAGCGCCUACGGAUUCAAUAAUUUCUUCCCCACGAUUGUAAAGGGCUUCAAGCUCGGCAACAACACCCUGACCCUGAUCUUGACCGCGCCGCCCUAUCUUCUCGCGACGGUCGUUGCCUUCCUGACGGCCUUCUCUUCUGAUCGUCGCAAGGAGCGCGGUUUCCAUAUCUCAGUACCUCAGGGAGUUGCAUGCAUCGGCUUCAUCAUUUCAGUAUCGACCAUCAACAACGCCGCUCGCUAUGUUGCUGCUUUCCUAUACGUCUGCGGUUGCUUCUCGAGUAACGCAAUGGUGUUCAGCUGGGCUAGCUCCACCCUGAACCAGACGCCUAAGAAGAGGGCGUGCGCGACAGCCAUUAUCAACCUACUCAGUCAGCUUGGCAAUAUCUGGAGCCCCUACUUCUUUCCAUCGACAGAUAGUCCGAGAUAUGUCAUGGCAAACCUGCUGAUGAUGGCCUCGUCGGCGCUGAGUAUCGUUACUUGCGCUAUCAUGAAGGUCAUGCUAACUAGAGCGAACAAGAAGUUGAAGGCCGAGGGAAGGGACACAAAUCUGUUUACGCUCUAA